AAUGGCAUUUGUGUCAUGUCAUGACCGAUGACAUGUUUGUCAUGUCAGUAUUUUGUUCUGUUGGUGUUGUAUAGUUUAUUUUAGUUUACAUUGAACAUGUCGGGAUCAAAGAAAAUGACGCUGCGCGUGCAGUCGGCGGAGGGCACGGCGCGCGUGGAGGCGCUAGACACGGACGCGACGGCGACGCUGUUCGAGCGCGUAUACGACUCACUGCGGCUCACCACAUACGGUUUCACGCUGCACAAGGACCGCCAGCGCAAGGAGGAGAUCACGUCGAGCAAGUCGCGGCAGUUGCGCGACUACAGCCUGCAGCACGGCGACAUGCUCUACCUGAGCCCUGUCAAUGGAGCUGUACUGUUUGACCAGCCGUCCACAAGUCAAGAUACUAUUAUUAAAGCUUUCGAAGAGCCAAGUGAGGCAGGCCCAUCAACAGCUCCCACUCCUGCUGCACCGCGGCAGGUUAACAUUGAAGAGGAUGAGGUGGAUCUGCUGUUGUACAAAUGUCCCGGUACUAUUCAAAGACAACGAGAUGAAAAAUUAUGCCGACACAACUCUAAAGGAUGCUGUGUGCACUGUUCUCCACUUGAGCCGUGGGAUGAGGGCUAUCUCAAGGAACACAACAUAAAGCACAUGUCUUUCCAUUCUUAUUUAAGGAAGACCAAAUCUGGGCAGUUCAUAUCAUUAGAUGAAAUGUCAUGUAAAAUUAAACCAGGCUGCAAAGAGCACCCGCCGUGGCCGCGCGGCAUCUGCUCCAAGUGCCAGCCGGGCGCCGUGACGCUGAACCGGCAGCCGUACCGCCACGUGGACAACGUGCUGGUGGAGCACCCCGCGCUGGUGGAGCGCUUCCUGGCCUACUGGCGCGCGACCGGGCUGCAGCGGCUCGGGCUGCUGUACGGCCGCUACGAGCCGCACCCCGACGUGCCGCUGGGCGUCCGCGCGCGCGUGGCGGCGCUGUACGAGCCGCCGCAGCGCUGCGGCCGCGACCACCUGGCGCUGGACGCCGACCCGCACGAGCGCCUGCUGCAGCAGCUCGCCGCCGGCCUCGGCCUGCGCUGCGUCGGCUGGAUCUUCACCGACCUGCUGCCCGACGACCGCGCCAAGGGCACCGUCAAGCACCUGCGUGGCGUGGACACGCACUUCCUGUCGGCGCAGGAGUGCAUCAUGGCGGGCCACUACCAGAACCUGCACCCCAACGCCUGCCGCCACGCCUCCUCCGGCUACUUCGGCUCCAAGUUCGUCACUGUCUGCAUCACAGGGGACAGCAAGAAGCAGGUGCACCUGGAGGGCUACCAGGUGUCGGGGCAGUGCCAGGCGCUGGUGCGCGACGGCGUGCUGCUGCCCACGCGCGACGCGCCCGACCUCGGCUACAUCCGCGACUCCAGCAGCCGCCAGUACGUGCCCGACGUCUACUACAAGGAGAAGGACGAGUACGGUAACGAGGUGGGCGUGUCGGCGAAGCGGGUGCCGGUGGCGUACCUGCUGGUGGACGUGCCGUGCGGCGUGGCGGGCGCGGGCUGCGUGCCCACGUUCUCGCCCGCCGCCACCUUCCCGCCCGCCAACCGCGCGCUGCACCACCACCUGCAGACGCUGCGCGCGCUGCACCAACACAUAUGCGCCGCCGACACCUUCCUCGAGGCGAUGUCGGACCUGCACGUGCUGCUGUACCUGGCGACGAACGAGACGCUGCCGCUGAGCCUGGAAGCGCUGCAGCCGCUGCUGGAGGCGGUGGCGCGGCGCGACGCGGCGGCGGCGGACGCGUGGCGCCAGCAGCCGCACUUCGCCACGCUCGAGCAGCUGGCGCGCGCCGCCGCCGACGCCGACCACGACCACGACUCGCCGCCGCGCCGCGCCCGUCGCGCCGACAGCGAGCCGAGCGCGGGCGGCGCGGGCGGUGGUGGCGGCGCGGAGGGCGCGGGCGGCGCGGGCGAGGUGUGGACGUGUCCGCUGUGCACGUUCCACAACGCGGCGCGACACGACGCCUGCGAAAUGUGCGCCAUGCCGCGAAGCAACGCGAUGUAAAUACGGCACCGGGAGCUACCGAGUGGAGUGCACUUUUUAUACGGGACGUUGUCGCAGCCGACCUUAUAGUGAAACUAGGUUUACGUUAUUUUUAUAUUGAUAGGUGAUACGAGUGUGGCUCGCCGCCGCCGCCGACGCCGCCGCCGCGACUGAAGGCCCGCUUGGGCCUGUCGCGCCGCCCCCUGCUUCGUCCACACAGUGCCGUUUUUACGGUAAACUUGCUCCCCCACAAGCCAUGAAGUACGCAGACUGAAUUUGUGGUUACUAUUAUUUUAAGAGAGUGUUUUAUCACUAAAUUUGAAUAUUUUACUCAAAGAAAUGUUGAUCGAAAAACGUUAAUAAAUUUAGAUCCCCGUAUAAACUUGACAGCUGAGCGCUCCGUCUUUGUAUGAGAGGAUCAAAAUUUGUUGGCUCUUUUUCAUGUUUCUUUGGGAAAGAUAUUCAGUUUUACGGAUAGAACAAUGCUAAUGUUUUCGCCCUGUGUACUCCUAUAUUUAUUAGAGAGGAAUUUUGUACGUACUAUAGGUACUAAUACAGGUUAUCUCCUCUCUAUAGUUCUUCUGCGGACUUGUUCUGCUUGUGUGGAAAAUAGAAUAUGGCAUGUUGACGUACAGGGUAUGGAGGUCUCAUGGGGGCGGACAAAGGGAACAGAGUUCCGAAGGCCGCUAGCCUCUUUCAGAUAAUACAUGGUCUACGUGAUAGGUUAGCCUGGGCCGCCCCCCGAUACCUACAUCCUUUUACUUCAACUCGAGAAGUAGUCGUUGUAUUAUACGUGUCUAGGUAAUAAAGAAAUUGUACUGAACACGUUUAAAGAGAGAACUUACCGAGUAAAACGGUACUGUAUGGACAAGUCAGGGAGCGGCCUUAGUCUGCGAGCGCGGUGCACGCGUUCCUUAGGUCAAUCUUUUAUAGAAAUGAACUCGAGCAACAGAACAUUGUUUUGCUUCGCACGGACGGACGGACGGACCGACGGGGGUAUUGUUAUUCAUGUUCGACAAACUGGAUUAAACAUGUCAUAACAUAUUGAAAUCCAAUUCUAAAUAAUAAUUUCUUUAAUUUUUUUUUUUUACUUCGGGACUUAAGUGUAUGAAAUAUGUACCUAUAGGUUAAAGGAGCGUUGACGCUGCCCAGGUGGCCUCAGUUUUAUUUCGAUUGCAGUUCACCUACAUAUUUCGAAUAUGAAGGGCACUAGUCUAACUGUAACCAAGUUUUCGCCAAUUUUAACAUCAUUAACGUCAUAAUCUUUGUAAAACUGCGGCUAUCGUAUAAUUAUUGGUGCUAAUUCUGCUGUAUGAAGUACUUUGACACAGUUAAAACUAAUCGCUCAGUCAAUGCUCGUAUGACUCGAAUCCUCGGCGUAAAUUUGAACUUAUUUUCUUUGAAAUAAAUUUUAAUAGAAUGCCUAGCAGAACAUAUACAUAACAUUUUAAACGAAACGAGAGAUGUUUCGUACACACCUUACUUUGAAUAUAUUAUAAUUUACACUCACGUGUCUGUAAAAUUUUGUUUUGCGACAAGCAGCUUUUUCCACCAUUAUAUCAACGGAUCAGUUUUAUUGAUAACAAAUCGUGUAACGUACGUACCUGGGCCUCUAGACAAGUGGCAAGCGAAUUCGUCGAUGGAGUCAACAUCGCUAGCGAGUCCGUGAGAUAAAAUGAGAUAGCAACGCCGGAAGACUUAUUCCAACUCACGGACUCGCUAGCGAUGUCGAUUCCAUCAACGAAUUCGCUUGCCACUUGUCUAGAGAUCCUGGUCAAAUUGAGACGAGUAGAGAACCCCUUUUGUUAGCCACAGGUACAGUUACUACAGUAACGAAGGGAGUCCCUUAGGACUUGAUAUUUUUAAUGUCCAGAUAAGGAUGGCAAUAUGUUUUAUUUGUGUCAGAUUAGUUCAUUUUUGCUACACAUCAGAAUCGACACCUACAAGCGAAAUUUAAAUUCUUUAUUACUUAUUUAUUAUCGAACACCACUUAUAUCUCAUGUACAUAAAAUUAAAUAAAAAAAAUAUUGAAAA